AGAAACUCUUGAGGUUACAAUUGUCCUUGCGGUCCUCUUAGGAUUCAUUGAUAAAUUGAUUCCGGAAGAGAAAAGUUUAUUGAAAAAGAAACUUAUAAGGCAAAUAUUGAUUGGAACCGUUGCUGGUUUAGGAGUAUCCAUAAUUCUUGGUGUUGUCUUUAUUAUCGUAUUCUACUCGAUCGCGAGGAAUCUCUGGAAAGAUAGUGGAGCCGCGUGGGAGGGAACGUUCUCACUUAUCGCCACAAUUGUUCUCACCUUGGUGGCCUUGAGUAUGGUUCAAGUCCAACAAUGGAGAAUAAAAUGGGAAGGUAGACUGAAACAUGCCACCGAACAGUAUCUUAAAAGACAUGAACAAGGGAACAGAUGGGCUUUGAUAUUAUUACCAUUCUCCGUCAUAUGCCGUGAAACCGUUGAAUCUAUUGUGUUCAUCGCCGGUGUCGGAUUAGAUAAGCCAUCUUCGGGAUUUCCAAUUCCUAUUAUCCUGGGAAUCAUGUCCGGAUUAUCAAUCGGAUAUCUCAUCUACAAGGGAUCGAACAUAUUACCGGUCACGUUAUUUUUCGCCAUCACAACCACCCUACUUUUAUUCAUUGCCGCCGGUUUUUUCUCCACUUCGAUACAUGAGUUUCAAGAAUCAAUGGGAGCUAACGAGCAGGUUUUAUGGGAACUUGAAUGUUGUGAUCCAAAGACAAAUGAAUUCUGGGGGAUUAUGAAAACCUUGUUUGGAUGGAGAAGCAAGGCCACUCUCGGAACAACGGUUGGUUACUUUGUAUAUUGGUUCGCUAUUGGACUUUUGGUAAUGAUUAUUUGGUAUAAAGAGAAGAGAAAUAAUGCAAGGACAGGACGUGAAUCGGAAAAUCAUAACCAUUCUAUGGCUUAA